AUGUCACGAAAAAAUUUACGACGAUCAGGUGGUGCGCAAUCCGAAGAAGCAGCUGUAACUGAAAAUAUGGAUAGUGUCUGUUCUCAAAGACAAGUUGCUGAUGUGUGCGAAGCAGCAGGCCUCUCUGAUCCAGUCGUUAGUAAAAGCACUGGACAUGAGAAUAUUUCUGGUCAACAGCAAGGUGGCGAAGGUAUGAAUGAGGAAGGUACGGGUGAUGACCAACAAGACGCACAAUUAUCGUCAUCGAAUACAUCAACAGGUAUUGCCGCAAAAGCGAUUCCAACGAAUGAAGCUGAUAUGUUAUGUACAACAAUUGAAAAUGUAUCACAUGUUCGAUUCGAAUGGACUGUAGAAGAUUUCUAUCCGCAAAUGUAUGAAUGUGGUGAUAUGAUUCAAAGCGAAGAAUUUCCCCCGUAUGAUUUACAAAAAGAGUUCUGGACACUUCGUCUUUAUCCAAAAGGUCAUCAACGUUUAUCAAAAGAACAACAGAAUCAAACCUCAACUAGUGGAGCUUCAACAACCGAUGAUGAUUCAUCCGUUCAAUUUUACUUAACUCUUUGUCCAUCACAUGUGGCAUCGCAAAAUCCAUCGAAUGCAUUAGCAACAGCCAACGGUGGAUCAAACAACCCGAAUCAUAUCGCAUCGUCAUUAAUGAAUACUUCAUCACGUCAAUUGCAAGUGUAUUUCCGAGCAUUGAUCAAUUUUUCCAAUCCUCAAGGUCGUAUAUUUCACACGGAGACUGUUCAUGAUUGUGGCGGAAAUAUCACCGAUGAAUUGGUUAUUAUGAAGAUGACACGUGCUCUUUGCGAACAAUUAUACAAAGAUUCGAAGGAUCAUCUGAUUAUUAGCAUUGAAUUAAUGUCCAUUGACGAUAUUGCUAAGCGUAGUAUGAAAACAAGCACUUCAAAAGUUCUUGAAGGUUCAUCUCGUGUUGUUUCGAAAGUCAUGAAAAUGAAAUUACGCUGGAAAAUCGAAAAAUUCGCGACAUUAGUCAACGAAUCACCAAAUAAUAGCUUUAUUGAAUCUUGUGAGUUUACAUUUAAUAAACAACGACCAGGUAAUGUUGCGAACUUACAAACAUCAACACCUGACCUAGCAGGUGAUGACAACGACGAACAAUUGACCAAUGGUGCAAACACCAAUGAAGGUAAAACACCAACAACACCACAAAACGAUAUUCCACCACAUCAAUGGUCACUUAUUCUUUAUCCAAGUGGUAAAACUGAACGAUUCAAAGAAUCUUUAUCCGUUUUUCUUGAACACACAUUUGGUCCAAGUGUUCGCGUUGUUAUUCGUUUCUCGCUAAUCGAUGCCCGUGGACGUCGUGUGAAUACGAAACAAUUACCAUCGCAUGUGUUAGCACCAGGCGAACGUUGGGGUGUGGGUGAUUUUAUCAAACAUUCAACACUUUUGCAAGCUCAACAACAACUUUUUCCAGGCAAUGAACUUCGUCUAUAUUGUCAAAUUAAAAUUCUUGAACGGCAAUCAAUCGAUGAACGUAAAUAUAUUUCCCGUCCACUCGUUGCAUUACCACGUACCAAUGCAAAUAAAUCAAAUUCAACUGCAUCUUCAUCUAUCAGCGAUGAUCCAGCUACAUACUGGCCAACAUUAUUCUAUACGGCUUAUUUGGAAAAACGCAUGUGUGAUAUGUACUUACGAUGUGGCAAUGAAUUGCACAGUGCGCAUAAACUUAUACUUGGCCUUCGUUCCAGUGUACUUGCACGUAUGAUUAAAGAAAAAGAAACAUCAGCUCAGCCCACUGCUGUUAGUCCACCUGCUAAACCAACUCGUCAUGGUAAACGAGGAACAGCAUCAGCUGCAAAUACAACUAGUGAAAGUAUGGAAACCGACACACAAGGUGGAGCUGAUGAUUCAGCAUUUUUAACCAUUGAUAUCAAUGACAUCGAUCGUAAAACAAUUCUUUGCUUUCUCGAAUAUGUUUACACAGGUGGAAUUAAGAAAUUAGCUUUACCAGGUGCAGCUAUAUCACAUACACUUGUCAUUGAUUUAUUGACCAUUGCCGCUAAUUAUGAUAUGCCCGAUUUGAAGACAUAUGCGGAAUAUUAUCUUAAAGAUAUUAUUCGUGUGGAUAAUGCUUGUGAAUUGCUUAUGUUGAGUGAUAACAUGAAAUCGGAAAUGUUAAAACAAACAACAUGUGAUUACAUUGCGAAUAAUUUGGGCAAUGUCAUGGAAACAACUGGUUGGACCGAACUGAAAGCCAAACAACCGGAUUUGAUCGAUACAAUUCUAAAAUCAUGUUUGCUUUUACGCAAAUGA